AUGCAAAAUUUAGAGUCAUCCUUUUCUGAAAUUGUUACCAAUUUGGUGACGGGAACGCGUUUGAACGAUUACGUUGCUUCUUGUCUUUAUCAACACCCAGCCACUAUUAAGGCUGCCAAACAAAUCACGGCAUUGAUAUCAGAUGCACAGGUCGAUUCCGAUGCACAGUCUUUGCUUAACCACAUCACGGGAAAAUACCUCAUAAGUUUGCACGUGGCGUAUGAGCAGCAAAUCCAGCAAUCAAAAAAAACUACCAACGAAGACGAAGACGAAGACAAAACGUCUGAGAAACCCGUUGAAUAUAGCAUUGAAGAGAUAAUCGGUCUGAAUUUACACCGCAUAUUUGCGAUCCUCGAUCUCACGAUUCACAUUGACGAAGUAUACUCAGAAUACAGUAGUUAUUCAAUGCAUACGUUCGUCUCCAUUCUAUCGUAUAUCUAUCCGAUUGAGUUUAUUGUCAAGCAUCUGGCACCUCUCUUUUUCAAUGAAGAAGGAAAACAACGUAGGCUGUUGCUUACCAAAGGGAAUAAACUCCAGGGGAAGGUCAAGCCUGGAUCGAGGCUCUUGGUUAUUUACAAGCAAAUAGUGAGCAGGAUCCCGGAGUUCGAACCUUCAAACGACAGCGUCAUUGCCAAGUUCCGGCAAUUCAUUUGCAACUCCUUUGAAAUCGGUGACAAGCUCUCCCAAUCGUCUAACUGGCACAUGGCCCAGAAAACUUUGAAUGGGUACCAUUCAAGUUUCGAAGGCUAUUAUGACGCCAAGCCAAAUAGCAGGGGCGGUAAAUCCCAAAGGAACGUAUUUGUAGACUACAUUACGUUGAUGAGAACGUUGACGACACAUCACGAGGGAGAGUUGAUUCAAGCACUGAACAAGGGGUUGAACAGCAGCAACUCGCUCAAUUUGAGACUGAUCGAAGAUAUAAACAGGACGCUCGACAGCGUCACCCACCACAACCACCGAACGUUGGUGAAGUUACCAUUGAACGAGAAGAGCACUAAGCAGACCAAGUGGGUGUUGGAUGAAGAGACCUUCAACGCACAGGUGAAGACAUACGACUUCUAUUGGUCGCUCAAGAUCCAGCUGGCCAUUCUCGCAAACUUUUUUAACGAGAUGUCAGUGGAGAAAUGGAGGCCCAACUCUGAGACGAUCUCGAAGGAGUACUCGAAAUUCAAGAAGCCAGACGUGCUGAUCAACCCGAUAACGUCUUUCGACUCGAAGCGGAAGGUAGCUGACUGGUUGACUUCUUCCCUCAACGCGUUCAAACAGAAGAACUUCCACCACGCCGAACUUCUUGACAUCUUCGAAAAUAACGAGAAGACGUUCAGCAAGAUGAAGCUCAAGAACUUUGUUCAUCCGGAGAUUUCCCAGCUUUCCGAGAUUUCAAACUCGAAAAAGAGAAACCUUGCGGAGUACAUUGCGGAGGCGCACGAUCUAGAGCGCUCGAUCGUCAACAAAAGGCCCAAGUUUGUACACUCUCUCGGUACGCCAAAACUAUCGAAGCUCUGGGGGGUCCAGACAGGCUUGAAGUCCAGCGCUAUAUCCGAGUGGAAAGACUGCGACGACGUCCUCGAGUCGGUCAAGGACGACGUCUACUUCGCCCGGGGAGCCUACGAAGAAAACCCGGCAGACACCGCGGCUGCAGAGACGUACACGAGACUCUGCUGGAAGGGAUUGCGAAGUAUCAAGGAGCAGGGCAGUUGGCUUGAGCUGGCAACAUGCAACGAGUUUGGCGAAGUUGCCGGGGAUUCAGGAAAGAGACUCUUCUGA